AGCAGUAAGCAGAAGAAAGAAAAGAGGAGAAUUAAGAGAAGAGCGCAGCGGAGAGGAUGCCUCGCUCCUUCCUGGUGAAGAGCAAGAGGGCUCACACUUAUCAUCAACCACGAGCACUGCACGACUGCACAGGUCCUUGGCGUGAUGGUGGUGGGUAUCCUCGUGCGGACCCGUCCGGUUCCGCGUGGAGCUUUCCCGCAGAGGAAGCGGUGGUGACCGCGGACGCGUCGUCUCUCUCUCUGGGUUGCCUCGGUCCGAAGGCGGCUGACUCCUCUCCCAAGUCCCCGUCAAGCUGCGCAGGCAGUCCGUGCGCGUCCUCGCCGGACUAUGAAGGCUUCUGGAGGCCGCCGUCCCCGUCUGCCUCGCCUGUAGAUUCGCUCAAGUCUUUUUCCCCUUUGAUGGACGAUACGACGGCCUUUUCAGUCCCCUUCCGGCCGUACGAUUGGAGCGGAUACUCACCCCCCGUUGUGCAGGGCCUCUAUCCAGCCACGGUUCCUUCGGUGCACGGCUUUUACGCGGAGCCGGGCGCGCAGGUGCUCCAGCAGUCGUCCGCUUACGCUGAACAGGCGCUGCGGACUUACGGCCGCCACGCCGUCGCCGCCGCCUCACUGCUCUUCCACGACAGGGGGGGCCUGCACGCCCACCACCUUGAGGCCCACCGCGAGGCCCCGCCGGAUGUUUGCGCCAGCCUGGCGCUCCACGGCGCCUUCAAAUGUGUCAAGUGCAGCAAGGUCUUCUCCACUCCGCAUGGGCUGGAGGUGCACGUUCGCAGGUCCCACAGCGGGACUCGGCCCUUCGCGUGCCCCGUCUGCAGCAAAACUUUCGGACAUGCCGUCAGUCUGGAGCAGCACAAGGCCGUGCACUCGCAGGAGAGGAGCUUCGACUGCAAGAUCUGCGGCAAGAGCUUCAAGCGCUCGUCCACGCUGUCCACGCACCUCCUGAUCCACUCGGACACGCGUCCCUACGCCUGCCAGUACUGCGGCAAACGCUUCCAUCAGAAGUCGGACAUGAAGAAGCACACCUUCAUCCACACGGGGGAAAAGCCGCACAAGUGCCAGGUGUGCGGCAAGGCCUUCAGCCAGAGCUCCAACCUCAUCACGCACAGUCGCAAACACAGCGGCUACAAGCCCUUCGCCUGCCACCUCUGCAGCAAAGGGUUCCAGAGGAAGGUCGACCUGCGCAGGCACAAGGACACGCAGCACGGGAUCAAGUGAUGGCGAGGCGCUAACAGACUUUUUUGCCAACGCUUGUUUGUCUUCUGUCCUGGGACCUGUCCUCGUCUGUUAAGCCACCACCAUCAAAUAUGUUGCUAUCGGAAGGACAACGUAAAAGUGAAAGAUAGACUUCUCAAUAUUGCAGAUUAAUUCAUGUUGAAUGGGUCGUACACCAAAAAUGUCCAUACUGAUAUAUAGAGACGUUAAACACUAAAAGAAAAUACAUGCAUAAAAUACUAGAGAUUAGAAUCUUGUUUUGUUUGUUGUCACUCAACCUCUGAAGUCAUGCUGGCAAAAUAUCAAGUCAGAUUUGAGCAUUUUCUUUUUCUUUUCUCACCACUCAAAUGUUUUCCCCUCCUGCUUUGACCAAACUGCAAUAAACGGCAGAAUGAAUGAAUGAAGGAAGGAAGGAAGGAAUGAAUGAAUCUAAUUAAUCAAUUAUCUUAUUUGACCAACCUACAAAUAUUGUUCUCAACCAAACGACAAUACAUGAGAUGACUUAUUAAAGACAAAUAGAACGCGAUUGAAGGAGUCGUCUCAAUCUGUGCAUAAAAACAAUGAAUGAUUGGUAAAUGAACAUUUAAAAACUAUGAUUUUUAUGUGAAUGUCAUUGUCUGCCUUAUUUGUUAUUUUUCAUGAGUUUUGGGUUAUUUUUGUGAAGAAUAUUAGCCUGGGUUUGGAUUCUAAGCUGCAGAAGGUCAUGUGGGCAAGUGGUGCAGUGUUAGUCCCCCAACCUAAAGAUAGUAUGUUCAAACCUCAGGUUGAUGUGCAGCCUCCCUUUGCAGCUUUCUUUCAGUUGGCACCAGUUGUACAUUACAUUCGUUUAUGCUUUUUUGUUUGAUUUUUUUAAUGUGGAUUUUUGGUGUGAUUAUUCAGUGAUUUUUUUACAUAGACGUGUGUACAAUUUUAACGUGAUUUUUUUUCAUGUGGAUUCUUUAUGUGAUUCUUGGUCUGGGGCUUUUUUUUUAAUGUGGCUUUUUUGUGUACUUUCUUUGCUAAGACAGAUUUGACCAUUGUUUCUUUCCGAGUUGGUAUUUUUGCUGUGAUUGCGUGUGCUGUCGACAUGUUUGUUUUGGCCACCUGGAUCAUGUGUUUACACCAUCAACAACACGCUGAUUGAUUUCUUA